CAGGACCAUUGUCUAACAACAAACAUCACAGCGCGCAUCCUUUUGCGCGUGUAUUCUUAGCCGAGGGCAAAGUGUCUUUCUUUCGGCUUUCCUUCUGAUAACUCCCAAGCGAGUCAAAGCUAUUUAAAAGUCAUCCCACUUUGAGACGUAACAAAAGCUCAAUGACAGACCAAGGCCUUUUUCCAAAUUCAAUUUUUUGCGCUUUCUCCAUAUAAUAGAAGUACAUAAUUUCUCUCCACGCUUGUUUGGUUUGGAGAGCUCCAGAGAGGAAAUGGCAUGCUUUGGUUAAUAAGUGUCUCUGUCUUUUCUGCUGCGAGAAGAAGAUUGAGCAGUUUAUAUAGGUCACAUUGUAUUAAUCUGGCUGGCUAUCCUGGUAAAUGCGCUCAAAACUGCAACAUUAAAAUCCAGUUCAUUGCUUGAUUGCUUAAUAAUGCAGUAUGGCGGCAGCGAGGAUGACUUAUCAGCCACUGAAGUAGUGAUCCUGGUGCUUUUGCACUUACGCAGUAAAUUACUGGUUUGGGAUUACAACGCUACAAAUGACACGUUUGAUAUCAAUCUGACUGAGCAGCUCAAACACCCUGUGCGCUGAAUAUUUAACAGUCGCAGUGUAUUUCAGUAGCCUUUUCAUCACUCAUCUGUAAUGAGAUCUGUGUGCAUUCUAAUAAUUAAUAAACCAGACAAUCUCUAAAAUCAAUCCAAGCGUGAUGUAAAUGCUAUCAAUUAUCUCUCUGGGGGAUUCUGCAAUCUUAAACAAACUGAUUUUUUUUGUGAGACAGACUUAACAGGAUAUGGAAACCCGGCCGGGCUGCACAUGAAUGUUUUAUAAAAAUAUGAGACAUGAGAUUGGAUCAUUGAGAAGUCUGCUUCUCCCCUGGAUGAAGCCGCUCAGCAGAGCACAAUAAAUCUACCUGCUGUCACAGCAGCGGACUGACGGGGCUCAGUGUGACAUUUCCACAUGUAUUUUUAUCUCCAUUCAGCCCUGCAGCCCUUGAUGCAAUCUGCUACCGAUGAACUAUCAUGAACACUGCUGGGCUGCAUGAUAUUGUCUGUCCGGCGUGAACUGUGGAGCGCAACAAUAAAAUCCCUUCCAGGCUGAUGUUUUUUGAUCAGUUGAUUAGAGCUGGUUGCCUCACGGGAUUUUCUUUUGAGAAAGUAAAUGUGCUUUCUGCGAUUAGGGUGGGGGGGGGGCGGUCAAAUCGUGGUCUCCUCCUCUGCUGUACAUCCGCUGCUGCUGCGGUGUUUGUGAGACAAACAGAGCGACGUGAAUAGAAAGUUGGUGUGAGUGUGUUUGUGCAUGCAUUAACGAGACAACAAAGAGGUCCUUGAGGCAACCUGCACAUCUUUUUUAUCACAUCUUUAAUUAAUUGAAGCCCAUAAUAGAAACUGCUGCAAUUCCUCUGAAUAGACCUAGUUGAAUGGAAGGCUGGCUGAGAUAUGGAGAUGUUCCAGUGCCUUUUAAAAAACAUUUUUCAAUUAAUCCUCCCUUGCCAUUCCAUAGCCACAGAAGGCUGUCAAUCUUUGGUUUGAGGAUGGAAAUCACCUUGAAAAAAAGAAAAUAAAGAGGUUUUGUUGUUGUAGCUUGACCCUCGCCUUUGCUCCAGCCAAAGGUUCUGGAUGUAAGUCAGGAGCUGAUCUACGAAAAGGACAGCAUGGACUUCUAUGCUCUUGGAUCAUGUCUGUCAUGCCUCCCUCUCUCGCCUUCUCUCUUUCCAGGUAUUUUGACACAGCAGGUCUACUGUUUAAGAACCUCCAUGGCCCUCUUGCGGCUCUCGAGGCUCGUCCUCGUGGUCGUCGCCCUCCUCCCUCGGCCGUCCGCAGGAUGUCCCGCCGGCUGCCGCUGCUACAGCCUCACGGUGGAGUGCGGGUCUGUUGGGGUCAAAGAAAUCCCGCGGGACAUCCCCUCCGUCACAGAGACCUUCUUCCUCCAGGACAAUGGCGUGGUGCAGAUCCGUCAUCAGGACCUGACUCGCCUUGGCAACCUCCAUUACCUCUACCUUCAGAAUAACAGCAUCUCGGCUCUGGAGCCCGGGGCGUUUCUCAGCCAGGGGCAGCUGCUGGAGCUGGCCCUCAAUGGCAACCUCAUCCACCUGGUCAAUGCGGACAUGUUUCGGGGUCUGGAGCACCUCAGGAUCCUUUACCUGGCAGGGAACCAGAUCACUCGAGUGCAAGACCACACUUUUAGGGGACUGCAGCGUCUGCAGGAACUCCACCUGCAGGAGAACAGCAUAGAGCUGCUGACAGAGCAUGCUCUGUCAGGUUUGUCCUCUCUGGCCCUAUUGGACCUCAGCAGGAAUCACCUCCGCACUCUGGGAGCCUCUUCCCUCACACCGCUCGUGAGCUUGCAGGUGCUCCGUGUCACAGAGAACCCGUGGCGCUGUGAUUGUGCCCUAGGUUGGCUAAGGACUUGGAUCAGCGAGGACGGACAGCGUCUGUUGAGCUCGGCCGAACAGCGUCGGCUGAUGUGCUCCGAGCCACCACGCCUCUCCCACCUCAGCCUGGUGGAGGUGGCUCCCAACAGCCUUGUCUGCAUCCCCCCCGUGGUGCAACUGGAGCCCAGCCACCUGACCGUGCGACUAGGGGAAAGCCUCCGUGUCUCCUGCCAGGCGUCGGGGUACCCUCAGCCUCAGGUGACUUGGAAGAAAGCCUCUCAUGGCAAGGCCCAGUUGUCGCCUCGAGGCCUGGUUCAAGAGUUGGGACCAAAUGGCGAACUCUUCAGGCCCGUUGCCGGAGGUGUGGUGACGGUCCUGCCCAGCAGCGGAGGGAUCAAGGUUGGUGGCGUUGAAGGAACACAGGGGCUCGUGCGUGGGGCCGAGGAGGGCGGUGAGAGGGACAGUUUUGAUCCGGAUAUGGGCAGCGGCAUGCUGUUCCUUAGCAACGUGACUGUAGCGCACGCUGGUCGCUACGAGUGCGAAGCCUGGAACCCCGGCGGCGUGGCCAGAGUUACCUUUCACCUGGCCGUAAACAUGUCUUCUUCUUCAUACUCAUCUCAGUUCUGGCCCCGUCUGAACAUGCACGCCUUUGCUCCCUCUUCGUCCAACUCCUUCCAUCAGCCAGAGGUUCUGGAUGUAAGUCAGGAGCUGAUCUAUGAACAGGACAGCAUGGACUUCUAUGCUCUCGGGCCCGCCACGCAGACGGCCAUUGCUGUUGGCAUCUCCCUGCUGGCUCUCACUGCCGUCCUCCUCUUGAUCAUGAUCUACACUCGUCACCAGCAAUACCGCAAGGAGGAAGGCGGCUCUUACUGCACCAGCAAAGAAGAGAGCAUCCUCUAUGUGAACGACUACUCGGACGGACCCACCACCUUUGCGCAGCUAGAGGAGUACCGCGACGACCACGGCCACGAAAUGUACGUGCUCAACAGGACCAAUCCCGUCCUGGCCUCCGCUUCGUCAAGGUGUCCCAUGAUGAGCGAGUUUAUCCAGCAGAAGGGUAUGACGGAGGCACUCCUGGACCACGAAAUGGUGCAGACACUUACCAGAUCAGGGGGCCUGGGGCUUCGCAGAAACCCGGCAGAUGGAGGCGAGGGACCCCUAACAACCGAUCCAGAGGAGCUCUUUCUCAGUCAGAGUCUACUUUUUGGAUCGCAGGUUGCCUACGAGAUCCACUGUUAAAAGGUUCAACAAAUCAUGGACUUCAUUAGAGACAGUAGAGAAAAUCACCUUGGUGCAACGAUUUAAGGAUUAUUAGAUUAUUAUGGUGUCUUUACUAGAAAGGUUGGUGGUUGCUGGGGGAUACCUGGAUCUCGAUCCACCUCUCUGAGAUCUUUGUCUGAUUGAUUAAGACGGGUCAGACUAAAACAGGUGAUAAUUAGGAAGUUAACAGAUGAACCAUACCUAUCUGUUUCCACAUUUACCCUUUAAAAAUAUUUCGAGGGGCUGACCUAAUCAGAAAUGGUUUGUAUGACAGUUUAAGUAAAUCAUCACAACAGACACUGAGACUGUGAAGCACGUCUCGUCAACAAACAAUGUGGAUUAAAAAAGUGAUUAUAUUUUGUAUUCUUCUUGUUUUGUGUGUCUGUCUGUUAGUGUUUUGUGUAAAUAUAAUGAAGCUAAUUUUCACUGUGAAGUACUCGUGUUUUGUGGACCCUGUUGCAGAUCCCAUUAGAAUUAGACCAAAACCAAUCCUCUUACUGCAACUACAUAGUUAUUAUCCAUAUGUGUGAGUGGGCGUCAGUGGGUGGAUUUGUUUAAAGAGGUUCAUUUUGAAUGCAGAAAAACAUAUUUUUUUCUACCUAUUUGUUGCUACACCAGAACAAAGGAAUUGACAUUUCUAUUGUUUGAAAUGGAAUCUUUGGUGGAAUUAACUUCAGUACAACAGCAUAUAUUGAGAAUUCUUUACAUUGUGUGUUCAGUUUCUACAUAUUAAAAUGUAUUUUAAA